AUAGAUAAAUUGAAAAAAAUUUCAUAUAUUUAGAGUAUAUUUACUUAUCAUUUUUCAAUGUAUCUCCGAAAAGUCAAUUUUUUUUUUUUUGUAGUAUUAGCACUACAGGAGAGAAAUCUAAUUCUCUGGCGUGGCAGAGAUUGUAAACAGACAGAAUAUUCGACAGGAAUCAAUUGAAUUGAAUUGAAUUGAAUUGGACUUGGAUCGAAUAGAAUAGAAGUAGAAGUAGAAGAAAGGGGGUGAUCAGAUUUAUUUUUAGAUCUGAUAAUCCGAUUCCGAUGGCUUCUACAGAGGGUUUGGUGCCCAUAACUAGAGCCUUUCUGUCUUCUUACUACGACAAACAUCCCUUUACUCCUCUUUCUCCUCAUGUCUCCCUUCUUUCUUCUCAGCUUCGUACUAUGGCUACUGAUUUGCUCACCAACCAUCCUCCUACUACCCAUCCUGAAGAAACUACAUUAAUAAACGAAGCCAACACUCAACCUCCUCAUAAGAUUGAUGAAAACAUGUGGAAGAAUCGAGAACAUAUUGAAGAAACUAUUUUUUUACUUGAAGGAUCUAAUUGGCCAGAGGGGCUGAAGCAGCAGUCCGCAACUGACAAUGUUGAAUUUUCUAUUGUGCUUGGGAAGCUGCAAGAUAAACUUCGUCAUACUUUGAAGAGUUUGGAAUCAUUCCAAAUAAAAAAUGCUGAUCAUGUAUUUAACACAGUUAUGACAUAUCUGCCUCAAGAUUUUCGAGGAACUCUUCUCAGACAACAACGGGAACGCUCAGAGAGGAAUAAGCAAGCAGAGGUGGAUGCUUUGGUAAAUUCUGGUGGUAGCAUACGUGAUCGAUAUGCUCUUCUGUGGAAACAACAGAUGGACAGGAGAAGGCAAUUAGCUCAGCUUGGCUCUGCAACAGGAGUCUAUAAAACCCUCGUCAAGUACCUAGUUGGAGUUCCCGAGGUACUGCUUGAUUUUACAAGGCAGAUUAAUGAUGAUGACGGGCCCAUGGAGGAGCAGCGUCAUCGCUAUGGACCACCGUUAUACAGCCUCACCUCAAUGAUUCUUUCUGUCCGAUUCUUCCUUUCAUUAUCAUGGGCACGAUAUGGGUCUAAGAAAUUAAAAAGGGAACAGUUAGCUGUCUUGGAGCAAGCUGUUGAUGUCUAUACCAUGGAGUUUGAGAGGUUCAUCUCAUUUAUUAGUGGGGUCUUUGCAAACUCGCCUUUCUUCAUUCCAGCAGAUGUUGCUGGUGCAAUGGAAGUAAGGAAAAAUGACGACUACAAAGAGAUAAGUGUUCCAGCUGGAAAAACUUUCGAGGUUAUACUCUCAGUGGACUCAGUAAACUCGUAUAUUGCAUGGGAUUUUUCUUUAGUACAAGGCAAGAUAAAUAUGGAUAUUGGAUUUAGUUUGGAGUUUGCAAAUCCUACUGGGGAAAAGAUUCUGAUGUUGCCUUACCGCCGAUACGAGUCUGACCAAGGGAACUUCUGCACAUUAAUGGCCGGAAGCUAUAAACUGAUGUGGGACAACACACAUUCAACUUUUUUUAGAAAGGUGCUACGGUAUAAGGUAGAUUGUAUACCUCCUGUUCCCGAACCUGCGCAAGAUUGAUGCGAAAGUGCUGUAAAAGGCCUCAGGAUACAGAUUGAUAUGCUAGUAAUUUUAAUAUUUGUUGAAAACAGAAGUUCCAAUUAAUCAUGCCAAGAUUGAGAUGCCAUGAUUGAGAUGUGUUCAAUUGAUUUCUGUGGAGGGAGAUGUAAAGGUGCUGGGAUCAUAAUUAACCUUUUGUAUAAAAUUGUCAAACGUUGGGUUUUAUAAGACUGUUGUAAUGUCAAAGAAUUGAUCUGGUAGUAGUUGUUGUGAAUUGUGAUACAAUUGUACUUACAGCCAAACAUGUGGCAAUUAUGUUUUCGGUUUUCUUAUAUGAGUUAUUAUGAGGAGUUGACAAA